AUGUCUAUCCCGACUAAAAACUUGGAACUGAUACGGUCACAAGAACUAGAUAGUGACCAAUCGAUAUCGUACGACUCGACCACUGGUCUUAAACAUGGAUUAAAAGAUCGACAUCUAAGUUUAAUUGCUCUUGCUGGAAUCAUUGGGCCUGGUAUCAUGAUCGGGGCAAGUUUGGCCUUGGCUUCUGGUCCUGCAGCAUUAUUGUUAGGGUUUGGAAUCAUUGGUAUAGUUGCAUUUUGUAUGAUGCAAAGUCUUGGUGAAAUCGCCACCAUGUACCCAACCGGAGCAACAUUUUCCACCUUGGGAGCAAAAUUCGUUGAUUAUUCUUGGGGUGGUGCUGUUGGUUGGAAUUAUGUUAUUAUUUGGAUAGCUGUUUUGGCUAAUGAGUACAACACUACGGCUUCUGUAUUACAAUUUUGGGGACCGCAAGUGCCUCUUUAUGGAUAUGUAUUAAUAUUAUGGGCUGUGUUUACUGCUUUCCAAUUUUUGGGAGUUUCAGUAUGGGGAGAAUUUGAGUUUUGGUUAGCAUUAAUAAAAAUUGUCGGAUUAGUUACAUUCUAUAUAUUUUCCAUUGUUUAUUGUGCUGGUGGGGUUAAGGGAACUAAAGCAUUUGGUUUCCAUUAUUGGAAUGACCCAGGAGCUUUUGCUAAUGGGUUUAAAUCGUUUGUUUCAACAUUAACUUUUGCCAGUACUUUCUAUUCUGGUUGUGAAGUGACAGCAAUCGCUGCUUCAGAAGCUAAAAAUCCAAGUCGAGCAUUACCCAAAGCCAUUAGACAAACGUUCUGGAGAAUAUUGAUUGUCUACAUUGGAAUUGCCAUUAGUUAUGGUUUGACCGUUCCAUAUGAUGAUCCAAGGUUAUCAAAAGGUUCCAAAACUUUGAAAUCACCAAUGACAAUUGCCAUUCAAAGAGCAGGAUGGGAUGGGGGUGCUCAUUUGAUCAAUGCCUUUAUUAUUGUUGUCUGUAUCCUGGCUAUUAGUUCGUCAAUUUACACUGGUUCCAGAUCUAUGGUCAAUUUGGCAAACGAAGGAUGUGCUCCAAGUAUACUCAAACGAGUAAAUGGCCAAGGUGUUCCCUAUGCCGCAGUUAUUUUAAUGAGUACCUUAGGGUUAAUCUCGUUAAUGAAUCAAAGCACCGGUGCUGCCAAUGCUUAUCAGUACAUUGUUAAUCUUUCUGGUGUUGCCGUGUUCAUUGUGUGGGGUAACGUUUGCUUUUAUCAUAUUCGGUUCAGACAGGCCAUGAAAUUACAAGGUCGGUCAUUGGAUGAGAUACCAUUCAAAGGAUUGUUGUACCCUUAUUUGCCAAUACUAGGUCUUGUAUUAAAUGUUUUUUUGGCUUUAAUUCAAGGUUGGUCCUAUUUCAAGCCGUUUGAUGCUGGAAAUUGGGUUGAUGCAUACGUGUUGUUGCCAUUUUUCUUUGUGUUAUAUUUUGGGUUUAAACUUUGGCAUAAAUCGAAAUGGGUGAAUUUGCGAGAAGUUGAUUUAGAUGAAGGUAGAAGAGAAGACGAUGAAAAGGGAGUAGACAGCAACAAAUGGAUGAUAUAA